UUGAUAACCUUUUUUUAUCUUAUUUUUGUGGAAAUUUAAAGCUGAAAGAUCUUUCACUGGAAAAUACCUUGUAAAUAUUGUCCCAAAUUUCUUUAAAACAGAAGAGAUCAAAAUUUACAUAUUAACGCCUUUGAUCAUGAGACAAGACACGUAGUUAAAUAACCUGUUCCCAAAGCCUUUUUUACACGAAGGGCAAAUAAUUGAAAGGAACAACAAUUAUCACCCUAAGCUACCUGAACGACAGCUGAUGAAGAGCCCUUAUUUCGAAGGGCAAAACAAUUAAAAAGGACUCAAAACAAUACCUGCUGUUCGUACGUUCGACCUGUUUUUAUAGCAUAAAACCUGAAGUCCUUUGAAUUUCACUCACACACUCACAAAGUCUUCUAACGUGUCAAUAUCUCACGAAUUCACAUACUGAAAACAUCAUCAUGUUAGGAAAAGCGCAAAUCCCACGAAAUACAAACAAGUUGAUCAGUCGCCGCAAAUACGAAGCCCUUUUGGAGGCUGUACGCCUGAUCAAAUACUACGAACGUUUGAGUGCUGAAGACAUCAUCAUGCCAUCAAACGACCAAAUCCAACCAUGUGAAUUGUAUGACAGGUCAUUUGAUAGCCGCUUCAUAACUAAAAACGAGUUGAUAUGUCGCCGCGAAUACGAAGUCCGUAUGAAAAAACCGCUCCAAGCAGCAGCCUCCACUGAAAACAUAGUUAUGCUUGGACCAAACGGCACAAUUGUGGCAAAGAAGGAGUUUGAUGGUAUACAAUGGUUCAACGCUGCAGUUGCCACACGUACGCUGUUGACUUUGAUAUUCGACCGGCAGACUUUGGCCACCCACACGCUCUGCAGACCAUCGCACGCACUCUGUUGCCAGAAUCGCCUGUCGAAGCCGUCGUUGGAUAUUGCGAAGGUCUCCGAUAUCAUUUAUUGUGUUCAGAAAAGAUUCGGUUGUACGGAAAUGGAGAUUGGCUUGCUGAUCGUAAUGACGUGCGCCGAUGUGGCCAGAUCGUUCAAAAGCAAAGAGAAUUAAGUUUGAAAUUGAAAUGUUAGAUGUUUAAUUUGCAGAUAUAUUUGUUCAAUGGAAUAAAAUUUGGGAUGUUAUAAAUAUUUGUUUUUUUUUCUAUUUUUGUAUUAAGGCAAGAGGUUUUUCGAUUUCGUAUAAUAGAUACAAAUUUUUGACUAAAACAAACACUGUUACCAGUUUUAAAAGAUAUUUUUCAUGGCUGUGAUGGACAUUUAUUAAUUUUUUUAUGGAUUUUAUCACUGCCUCGGAAAAGUCCCGGACUGCUUUUUUGUGAGAUGAUCCUUUCCCGCUGAUAUUUGCAUAAGCAGAUAGUUGGAUGUUCUUUAGUAUAUGAUCUUUCUAUACCAAAGAUCUUGAUACAAGAUUAUUCUGCACAAAAGAGCAUCAAGCCAAGAGAUAGUUUCACAAAAAACAGUCUAAGACUUUUUCAAGCACUUCAUCAUUUUAAUCUGAAUAUAGUAUCUCUAAGUUUUGUCUGUAAACUAACUAGAUUUUAAUUCUAAAAAUUGGCAACCUAGUUGGGAAAGACAUAACAUAAAGAGUUUUUUCAGAAUGACGCUACAAAAGUUGACCGAUAGAGAUAGCAAACAAUGCCAUGUUUUUCCCGCUCUUUUGAAAUUCCUCUUCA